AUGUCAUAUGCACACUUGUUGAGCCAGGGGCCAAAGACAUUUCAAAGUGUAGAGAAAAUCAUAAUAUCAUUAUUAAAUAUGAACCAAAAACAGCAAAAGCAUUUUGUUAUGGUGCAUGGUCUUUCCGUUGGAGCAUGGAGUUGGUACAAACUGAAAACACAAUUAGAAUCUGUCGGUCAUAAGGUCACAGCACUUGAUCUUGCAGGUUGUGGCAUCAACAUACAAAAAAUUGAAGAUGUUGAUACUUUUGCUGAAUAUGCUAAGCCUUUGUUAGAAUUCUUAGCCUCACUUGAUCCAAAUGAAAAAGUGAUUCUUGUGGGACAUAGCUUUGGAGGAGUGAGUGUAGCUCUUGCAAUGGAAAAAUUCCCAGAAAAAAUUGCAGUUGGAAUUUUCUUAACAGCUUUUAUUCCUGAUACAGAACAUACACCAUCAUAUGUUCUACAACAGUAUCUUGAGAGAUACCCACCUACUGGAUGGUUAGACACUGAGUUUUCAUUUUCUGGAAACAAAAUGUUGUUGCUUCCUGGCACCAAAUUUUUGGCCACUAAAUUCUUUCAACUAUGUUCCAUUGAGGAUUUGGAAUUGGUGAAGAUUUUAAUAAGGAGAGGAUCACUUUUUCUUGAGGAUUUGUCUGAGGCAGAGAAUUUCUCUAAAGAGAGAUAUGAAUCAGUUCCACGUGCUUAUAUUGUUGUCAAUGAUGACUUGGCAAUUCCUUUGGAGUAUCAAGAAUGGAUGGUACAAAAUGCUGGGAUUGAUGAGGUCAAAGUGAUCAAUGGAGCAGAUCAUAUGGCUAUGCUUUCUAAACCUCAAGAACUUUGUUUGUCUCUUCUUGAGAUUGCUCAAAAAUACGUAUCCGUAGGUUGCGUAUGCAAGUGUUCCAUGAACAAACUAUGUUUCUGUGUAACAGAUACUCUUCUGCUACAAAAGUGCAAAAUCACAACCUCACUGAUAGAGGCGCGUCAACUCCACGCCCUCCUUUUAACUACCGCCAACGCCUAUGGCUCCAAAUCUGCAUUUCUAUACAACAACAUCAUCUCCAUGUAUUCACGUUGUGGUUCACUCAAAGACUCUCACCAAGUGUUCGACAAAAUGCCUCACAGAACUCUUGUUUCUUACAAUGCACUUCUUGCAGCAUAUUCACGUGCAUCACAAGAAUAUUCGAUAUACGCCUUUAACUUGUAUAGCCAGAUGGAAAAAUUGGGUCUUAGGCCUUCCAGCUUGACUUUUACUAGCUUGCUGCAAGCAUCUUCGUUGCGUGGAGAUUUGUGGAUUGGAUUGUUACUUCAUGCUAAGAGCUUGAAGUUUGGUUUUUUGAAUGAUAUUUGUGUGCAAACUUCUUUGCUUAAUAUGUACUCAAAUUGCUUGGAUUUGAGUUCGGCUGAAUCGGUUUUUUGUGAUAUGAAUGAAAGAGAUAAUGUUGCUUGGAAUUCUUUGAUUUUAGGAUAUUUGAAGAAUGGUAAGAUUGAGAAAGGUGUUUAUCUAUUUAAUGAAAUGAUGUGGGUUGGUUUUACACCAACCGUAUACACAUUUUGUAUGGUUUUGAAUGCCUGUAGUCGUAUGAAAGAUUAUUUUUCCGGGAGAUUGAUUCAUGCACGCUUAAUUGUUGGGAAUGUGUCGCUGGAUAUACAUCUGCAAAAUGCACUGGUUGACAUGUAUUGCAAUGCUGGUUAUACACGAACGGCAUAUAUGAUUUUUAGUAGAAUGGAAAACUGGGAUUUAGUUUCUUGGAAUUCUAUGAUUGCUGGGUAUUUUGCGAAUGAGGAUGGAGAGAAGGCGAUGAAUUUGUUUGUCCAGUUGAAGACACUGUGCUUUCCUAAACCAGAUGAUUAUACAUAUGCUGGCAUUAUAUCUGCAACCAGUGCAUUCUCUUGUUUCAGUUACGGAAAACCUCUUCAUGCUCAGGUGAUUAAAGCAGGAUUUGAGAGAAGUGUAUUUGUGGGAAGCACUCUAGUGUCAAUGUAUUUCACAAAUCAGGAAACUGAAGCAGCUCAGUGUGUAUUUUAUUCAAUCCCGGAAAAGGAUGCUGUUCUGUGGACUGAAAUGAUCACUGGUUAUUCCAAAAUGGCUGAUGGAAUGAGUGCAGUCAGAUGCUUUUCAGAAAUGUAUCAUGAAUGUCAUGAGAUUGAUGACUAUGUUCUCAGUGGAGUUUUGAGUGUUUGUGCUGACCUUGCAAUUUUAAGACAAGGUGAAAUAAUUCAUUGUUAUGCUUUCAAAUUGGGUUACGGCAUUGAAAUGUCUGUUUCUGGGAGUUUAAUUGAUAUGUAUGCCAAAAACGGUAGCCUUGAAGCUGCAUAUUUGAUGUUUUCUCAAGUUUCAAACCCAGAUUUGAAGUGUUGGAACUCGAUGCUUGGAGGUUAUAGUCACCAUGGAAUGGUGGACGAGGCAUUGAAACUUUUCGAGGAGAUUAUUAAACAAGGUCUAGUUCCCGAUCAAGUGACUUUCUUGUCUCUAUUGUCUGCAUGCAGCCACAGCAGAUUGGUUGAGCAAGGAAAGUUACUAUGGAAUUAUAUGAACAGAAUUGGUUUGGUUCCUGGGCCUAAGCUAUACUCCUGUAUGGUAACUUUGUUGAGCCGUGCAGCAUUACUGGAAGAGGCGGAAGAAAUUAUCAACAAAUCACCUUAUUUUGAGGACAAUAUUGAACUAUGGAGAACUUUGCUAAGUGCAUGUGUCAUAAAUAAAAAUUUGAAAGUGGGAGUUCGUGCUGCAGAGGAAGUUUUGAGAUUGAAUGCUGAAGAUGGUCCGACACUUGUUUUGCUUUCUAAUCUUUAUGCUGCUGCAGGGAGGUGGGAUGAAGUUGCUGAAAUAAGAAGAAAAAUGAGAGGGUUGAUGUUGGACAAAGAUCCUGGGUUAAGCUGGAUUGAGGCCAAGAAUGACAUUCAUGUCUUCUCUUCUGGAGAUCAAUCACACCCUAAGGUUGAUCAGGUGCAGGCUGAAUUGCAUAGGCUUAAAGGAAAUAUGAUUAUAACAGAAAAUCAUGACAGUGAAGCACAAAAUACAUGCUAUAUGAGUUACAGAAGCUAAGACUGUGAAUAGAUGUGAUGUUUUAUUUUUUUAAGAAAAUGUAUAUAAAGGGAAUGAAGUUUUAGAGGUUAAGGAUUGAAAUUUCUAUCAAUAGGGAUAUUAGAUUGUAGUUUGUGCUUAUAAAAAGAGGUUGAUUACUUUAUGGUGUAAAUGUUGUGUUACAAUGUUCUCUUCUGAAAAAUGAGCCAGCCUCAAGCAAGAUUUAUUUACCGGUUGGACGGCCACCGUGGUGCGGUGCCGGUUUGAGAAUGUACCUACAAAAGGCACUCUUAUCAGUUUCAAUAUUAUAUGAUAGUGA